AUGGCGGCGGGUCGCAGCCAUCCAGGAUGGGAGGCGGUAACAAUCACCCCAACCGUCGUGGAGGUGCCAAUAACAAGAAGCAAAACACGCCAUCGCCCAUUUCCGCCGCGAACAACAAAACUGCUGCAUCGAACUCCUCUCCAGCAAGUAAUAGCCUCUCGGAUCGCAUGCGGAGGCGCGUUCAAACGGACUUGUCCUUCGGAGGUUCCGGCUCCGAAGCGGAGAGCGGCUUUGGGAGCGGUACGAGUUACGGCUACUUCGGCGGUAUCUUCCGUCUCCCCGUAUCAAACGUAAAAAUGUCUGGGUCUGGAAGAGGCAUGCUGUUUCUGCAUGACACGGAAGGUCUGGCAUGGAAGCUCUAGCAUCACAGGUAUCGAGAAGCUUCCGCAAUGCCGAACCCGCAUGACAAAUCCCCCAUUUUUGUGACAGAAAGUGGGCAGCCUUUGCCACCUAUGCAUGAGAGAUUUUUCUGUGUUCUGAAAUGCGCAUCACAGGUUACAUCCUUCCAGACCCAGACAUUUUUGCAUUUAAUACCCCGGCGCCGCGUACGAUUGGAUAAAGGGGGCGACGACCAAGAGAAGUAGAAGCUCUUUGUCAAGAAGUUACAGCAUCAGCCCCAUGCCGACGCCGAGUUCCAGCAAGGGCCGUGAUCACGAUGGGACUGCCGCGGCUUUUGCAUCACGCAGCACCACGACCGGCAGUAUAAUUCCCGGCAGUGGUCAGCACCAAUACGGUGGUAGUUCCACCGCCGCUCAGCACCAGGCCGUGUUUCCGGGGUUCAACCAGUUUUCUUUCAAAGUUCGGGAGUUGCGGCGGAAAUUCUCCGACGCGAUGCUGGACUUCCGGGAGGACUUGGACCGGAUAGACACGAAAGGGAGCAGUUUGUCCACCAGCACGGACAACUCGGGGGUUGAGGGCGGCUUGUCGAGAUCCGGGUCUUUGAUCCCCCCCGGCCGGCUACCCGACGUGCACAAUGAACAGUCGAGUGCGUCGUCGUCCUCUGAUAGGGAUCAACUAGACGAGUCGUCGUCCUCUCGAAUGGAGGAUAUGGUCGACCAAAACAAGCUCUUCUUCGACAAAAAGCAUCAUGGAGGUGGAGGCAGACUCGGCGGUGGUUUUUCAGCAGGAGGCACGCAUGACAGCAGUGACAGUGACACGGAAUCCACGGCUACUUCUACAUCUGUUUCCAUCGCGAGGGAACGGAGUGACUCGCACUCCCCGACACGGACUAGAGCAGGGCUGCUCUCCAGCGCAGGCUCCCGGUCGAACUCCGCAGCGAGAGGAAGGAGUUCGCGAGGUGCUGGGCAUUUGGACGAAGAGAAAGGGUUCAGUCCUAGAGGAACUACAAAUAUUAACUCAAGAAGCCGGAAUGACGACCGCAGCAUCUCCAGCAGGAAAAACGAGAAAAGCAAGAAGUCCAAGCUGAAGCAGUCCUCGCUUCUGCCCGGCGGCGCCGCAGCUAGUGCAAACAAUGACGUCGAUUACUGCAGCAAGUACGGAACUGUUCCGAAGAACAAAACGACCUGUCUCCGGAUUUUCCUCCUCCAGUUCGCUCUAUCAACUCGCAAAUGCGGCAGGUUUGUGAACGAUUUGUCGUGCGGGUACUUGGGUUUGUUGCUUUGUGGGAAACCAAGAAAAGGCAAAAGCAGUAUCGGUCCGAACGGGAUGUUCCGAUCGAAUGGGAAGUGGUCCGUCGCAACGUCCAACCCGUCGCCAACGGGUGGUGGACCCCCGAACGGGCUGCUUUUUGGGAAUAGUAGUGUAACUUCGCCUCAGAAGAUGAAGCUCCGCACCUGGUUCGCGCUGAUGGGAAUCGGGAUUGCGUUGAGCGCCUUGCUGUACAUUUUAGUGUACAGCUCCGAGGACUUGAAGAGCCUCCUCUCCUCAGUGUUUGGCGCGGAUUUUCUGCCAAAUUUCAGCUCCGGUGCAGCUGGGUCGUUUUUGUCAAUGCCGACGUUUUCGCUCUUCAACAAGCAGACCACUCCCGAUGACGAAGGGAGUACUAGUUCCGACGCGAAGCACGAAAAGAAAUUGGCAGAAAUUCCGGAGAUCGAGGUAUUGGUGGAGCUGGAAGAUACCCCGCCUUCUGCUGCAGGCGAACCCCAUGCAAAGAAACCGCAUCCGUUUUUCGAAACAACAAAUACCGGCGCUCCUGCAGCUCUAGAGAACAAAGUAGCCGGCGAGGCGGAGCGGCACGUGCCGCGGAACAAACUUCCCGAAGAGGACUCUGGAGGUGCUGCAGGAGGAGCUUUGUCAUCCGCGUCUAGUAACGAGUUACCUUUGGAAGCCGAGCGAGAAGGCAGUACUAGUGAAACUACUAACUCCGGCGGGCUUCGAACCUCCACCGCGCCCGUCGCCGGCGACACUGCGGUGAAUAUGGAAGGCGGUUCGGCGAUGAGUAUCGGCUCCAGUAGGUUGCUGGGGAGGGACAGCUCGUCCUCGUCUGGCAAUAACGCUGCGAACGCAGCCAAUAGCAAUAAUUUGCGAUCUGCUGCCGGUACCACGACACCUCCAACGGAAGACAGUGAUGCGACUAUUCCCGAUCCGCUCACAGAUCCUCUCGCGGACGACCCCGACAAACCUUUACCCGUGGUUGCCAGUGCAGAAGACGAUAACACUUUAGUCUCCUCCACAGUGCCACCAAGUCCUGGUAUGGCUGGCGCAACCGGAGGUGCGCAAGACAUCAUUAACAGUAUAGGGAACAACAAUAAAGAUCACCAGCAGCACUCGUCUGGUGAUCACCAGCUGUUGUCUCGCGCUUCCAGGAUUCACAGAAAUAAGGAGCAGCCCGAUGAUGGAGUUGAAUCCUCCGAGGUGCCUCACCAAGACUCACCGCAGAGCGAACACGCCGACGUACUGGACGAAGAAGAAACUGCGCAUCACGGAGGGCGACGUAGAGCUUCUGGAAUCACGAGGCCAGGAGGAGGAUCAGGAACAAGUAGCACUGCGUCUGCACCAAAAGUAGCUGCGUCAAACAAGGACGAGGACGACAGAAAUACUAAAGCUGGUGCGCCGACGAGCAACAACUCCGAAGAAGCGACCGGCGAAGCAGGUGAACAUAACGCCGCGCGCGACAUCAACAACAUGCAGGAUGAGGGGGCGGAGCAGGUCGUUUCCGCGGAGGUGAGCGAAGACGAGGAGCUGAACGCCCAUCCCGUGAAGGUGGAUAGUGUGAUAUGCAAGAAAAAAACUGUGUAAGUGUAACUCUGUAAUGCAGAACAUGCGUCAGAGUUACACUUACACCUGUCAUGCCAGACAACCAUGGAGUCCUCUUUUCGCGUGUGUUUUCCCUUACAAGCCGCGCAUGACAGGCUUCCUCUGUCAUGCUCAUGUAGAGCAAAUUUGUGAUGCUGUCAACCAAAGAAAGUUACACUAACACAGUUUUUUUCUUGGAUAUGUGAAAGUAGUCUACACGGUGGUCGGGAUUGUCUGCAUCCUGGCUCUUGCGGUGUGGUAUGCGAACAAAACGAACAAGAGAUGCGUACUUCUUUGUGGCGUUUUUCUGAUUUUGUAAUUGUAUUCGCAAUCGCAAAUUAACCUUAACGUACCUGUCGGUUUGAAUAAUUGCUUGGUACUGCCAUGAAGACAAAGUACUUAAGUAGCCAGCAAGGUGCCUCCACUGAACAUAAAACGUCAACUACUACAAAUCAGCCCUGGCCCAGGUGGAUGCGUUCUUGGUUCGACCCUGACUUCGGGAAGAUCAGCAUCGCGCUCGACGGCGAAGAGAUGCUGCAGAAGAAUCUGCAAAACCCCCGCGCCGCCACGCACUUCCAGCACACGGGGGAUAGAGCGGCUUCCGAGCGAAAUCGCUCGGGCAGUACUAGCUCCGCGGUCGGAGGACGAGGCGCAAACAGUAGUAACACGAAGUUCCAGCUCCCUUUAAAAUCCGCUGGGCUACCCGGCUUCGACCACGAUUUGCAUGCGCAAGACAUGCGGGGCACGAACAUCAUCGAGCGGACAAUGCGGUUUGGCCGCUACAGAAGAGUUUCCGACACCAUCCUGGGGCACGGGAGCUGCAAAGUCGUGUACCUAGCGGAGAACGUGGAAACGGGCAAAAGGGUCGCCUGGAGCCAGAUCGGCGUCCAGGAGGAGCAGAGGAGAAGGUCGAGGGCUCUGUCGGUGUCGACGCAGUUGGAGCAAACGAAAAACGAACUGCAAUUAUUGAUCGCUGCAACACAACCCGGAAUGCCGCAAAAUACGACGAGUGGUUCAACAUCUUCUGCGAACAAAGGGAACCAAAACCAGAAAAUGAACAUCCAGGAAUUAGACCGGCAGAAAAUCCUGAAACUUCUCGAUUACUGCUUCGACACCAUAGAGGAGCCGAAUCUCGCCGGAGGGCCGAACAGAACGGUGCAAACCACCGAACGGAUCCACAUGAUCACGGAGCUCCACCCGGGAGGGUGUCUGCGGAAGUGGCACUACAAUGUCUCGAACGGCAUCCAUCCGGAAACGAACGAAAAGGGGUUCAAGUUCGCCGGGGAAAUGUGUCGGGAGUUGAAAAACUGCGCGAUUUCGGUGUCCCAGGGAUUGCGGUAUCUCCACAACACGAAGAUCAUCCAUAGAGACGUAUCAAAUGUAAAAAAUGUCUGGGUCUGGAAACUUGUAAUGCUGCGCUGCGAAUAGUGAAUGAAAUGUUCUGUAAUGCACAGGCAAGCAUGAGAAAUGUCUGCGCUUCUUCGUGUUGCGUUUUUCGCAUGACAAACUGCGUUUUUGCAUGCCAGGCAAAAGGGUCUCCUCUUUGCAUGACAGGCAAAAGGGGACCGGGAAAUCGCUUGCUGGUUAACAUGUAUGCGUGACAAGCUGGCUGCGUUUUGCAUUCGUGGCAGUCCAGGAAAGAAGAAGAACUAGUGAAGCGAUCGGAUCGACGAGGUGCGUCAGGGGGCGUCACUCAUUCAUUCACUCACACUCUUGGACACGCAUCACAAAUUUUUUGGUCAUGCCAGACAAGCAUGACAAAGCCCGCAAGCUUCCAGACCCAGACACUUCUACAUUUGAUAAGACGUCCGACCGGACAACAUUUUCGUCAAAGUCGACCGUGGGGGGAAGAUUCAGGACGCGGUUUUGGCGGAUCUGGGGUUGUUUCGCUUCGCAGUGGAGCCAACAAAGACGAAAAACGCCAGUAGUGGUCAGCAGAGCAGAAACGCGAGUACGAAGGUGACCACAAGGUCUUCUUCGAAGAACAAAAACAGCACGACACCGCCGGGCAUUACUAGUAGUACUGGGAAGGUACUUGGAGGUACUACAACUGGUAGUCAGCAGCGCAACAGCAACAGAACGCCGGCGGUAAGCAGCAGUGCGGCCGCAACCCCGACCCCAAACAGCAAUACAAACGCAGCUGCUGCGUCGACGCCACGGAACCCCAGCGCAGCGGGGGGCAUUCUGUCGAACACGCCAACUCCGACCGGAGCCAGUGGGACGUCGAGUGGUGGCACGACAUCAAGUGGCAUAGCAGGGCCACCACCUCCCCCGGGCUCGGGUCAAAAUUCGGUCGUUCCUCCGCCGCCCCCGCCCAGGACGCCCAGGACAACGACGACCACGACGCCAGGAGUGAACACCUCGUCAUCCAGUCUGCAGUUCGAGUUUGUCUCUGCGGGAGGAGAUAUGAAGAACACAACGACUACUUCCAUCGCAGCAACGAGCACUAGCACAAUCAUCCCUGGACUCAUAGAUCCCCCACCUCCCCCCGCGCCAAAGUCGCUCUCCGGAACUUCCGCGGUCUCCGCUGCGUCAGGACCACCAGUUGUGGCUCCACCCCCCAUGCGGGGCUCUCCGACGAGCACUCCGACGCAGCAGGCAGCGGCGCCGCGAGAUGCUUUGCCGCUUUUGAGUGCUGGUGGCCCAGUGGCGGGGGAAGCGGAUUUGGACUCUUUGAUCCAACCUUUGGCACACCCAUUACUGAAUACGGGCGCUCACAAUCAAGGAGAUCACCGGGGAAGUAGAAACAAGCAAUCAGGAUCGUCACAUCAGCAUCACGUUGUGCAACCACACCACCCAAGGCCGAGCAACAUUCCUAUGAUUGCGACUUCCGCUUCGCAACUCGACCCCAUCGGAAACAGUGUGUCGAGCUCCAGCGCUGUUUUUCAGCCGCCAACCCCCCCGAUGGUGACACCACCGAGCGUCGCGAUGACACCCCCGGGCGUGGUCGUCUCAAAUGGGCCGCCUCUACUGCACCAUGGCUCGUCACGAGCCGACCACGGCGCAGCUACAUCGAAGCAAUCGACUUCGAAUGACAACAACUCGUCUCGCCCGAGUAGUACGAACCCCAGUCCAAAAUCUUCCACGAAUACGACACCAAUAACCGCCCAAACGCCGUUCGGGAACGGCAUCCUGCAGCAGCAGGCUUCCGGAACCAGUGCCGCGAGUUCAUCCUCCACAACUGCGCAUCAUCACACUCCUAUCCACCACCAGCAAACCUCGUCUAGCUCCGCCUCAAAUGUAAUCGAUCGGCAGAUCUCUAAUUCUGAUAUCGAUAACGAUAGGCAGACAGACACCGAGUUUAUGGGAGGUAACAAUACCUUCACGCAGCACAGCACGUUUGAGACAAGUACGAAGUUCACGAUUUCCGGGAAUGACGCUUAUUACCCGCCGGAAGUGAUCAAGCAACUCCUGGAAAACCCGCCAAAUUUCAUGGACUUGACGGCGAAGGUCAGGUGUGAAUUCGACUCAAAACUCGACAUCUACAUGUUUGGGCUGUCGAUUCUCGAGAUGUUUUUGGACGGGCGGAGGAGAACGUUUGUGAAGAACUACGCAGAGUAUGACGAGUACGAGGAGUAUGCGCUUGCGUUAGAGCAUGAGAAGUCCAAGGUGUUAAGCGAAGCGAGGCAUAAGUUCGCCGAAGACCAAUUCUCCCACACGCAGCUGAAUUACUUCCUGGCGGGCGCUUUAAAGACGGAUCCAGAACGCCGGUGGACGGCGAAUGACUGCCAUCACGGUUUAACGCAGUACCAGACCAUGGGCGGCGGAGCAGGGGGUGCUUCGAGCUCGUCGGGGAACGCGGGAGUUGGAGGUGGGAACAGCGCGGAUCCGAGCUCGGUACUGUUCAUGAACUUGCUUCUACUUUGGAGGUCUGCCUUUAGCCAGGUUUUCUCAGAUGCCUGCCACCAGACCUCGACGUUGACCUUAAUUAUAAAGCAAAAGUGAAAGUCAGUGUGAAGGUGGACUACGUUUGUUUUUUUUUUCUUUUUUCCUCUGACAGUAUCAGUAGAACACCAACAAGAAACAAAAAAAAAUCGCAGCCUCUCGGCGGCGGGAUGGUAGGACCCGAACACACCGGGCGCAAGGAGAGCCACGAUAACAGCUCGACGAUAAGCUGCACGCCCAUGCCUGCUGGUAGCACAGCCGGCUUUGACGACCUGGAGUUACAACCAUAACGGGGGGUCUAGUCAUCGGCUCCAGAACUUUUGGAAAACUUUUCGAAAACUUUGAAUUUCCUGAAGGCCUGCUCGUCCGAGAGGCUUUCUCCAAACUUCGUAGCCAGCGACCACGCGGCCAGCACGAGAAUGGGCCGCAGCUUGCCAUCGUGGUUCCUGUGUGACCGAUGGGGCCCUGCGUUUUUCGUGGGUCCCCAGCUUGCGCACUUCACCAGAGUGAAAAGCGCCCGCAUCAGAGAAGGCUGGGGCCGCGCCGAGCCUGGUGGCACAACGUGCAGCAUCGGCGUGCUUCGUGGUCAAGGCCAAGGACCAAAGAGAUUUGCUCGCUGUUCGUAGUAUCAAAGAGAGACCCCUAGCACCAAAAUAAAAGCCCAAAAGCCUAGCCUGGCUCAGGAAUCCCCUUGCGCCGCAAAAGCAAAGGCAUUGGCGAAAAUAAGAAAAAAACGCCAACAGCUUGGCAGCGGGUUCGGAACAAUGCAGAGUUGUCCCAAGCACGCACUUGGGUGGCCAUGUUGUUUGUUUGACCGAGGGGCCAACGCACUGGGGUGGCCAUCCCCCCAUCCGGGGCCAGCCCUCCUCCUUUGUGGCUAGCAGGGUCUAGGGUUUAGGGUUUGGCCCUCCUCCUUUUCACCUCGCACAGGGCUUGGGUUUGGGGUUUAGGGCUUAGGGCCUAGGGCCUCGGUUCUCAGGCGCAGCGCGCCGGCCGCGAGAGGCGUGUCAGUCUGGAGAGAUCCAGGGGGCGCGCCCCUGCGCCGCGUUGCGUUUGUAAUUACUACAAGAAAAAGCGGCGCAGUCGAAGAAGCAAACUCUGGCCGCUGCUAUCUUUUUGGCGCCUGUUCUGACCCCAGGCACGGCGGCACGCUGCCAGAAAGGAGCUGGGCUGUGAGUCUUCAAAAAGUACAAACGAAGCGCUUCCCAGACACGAAGCAGGGUGGUACUGCCUGCGAAAUCGGCAAAGCUCACGGCUCAGGUUUUGUCGUCUUUGUGGCGCCGUGCCGUCGUGUUUCGUGGCCAUAUACGUUGACCGAUAAAAGGCGUGCGCGCUGCCGUCGGUCACACGUGAAUCGCGGGCGGAAUCUUCUCAGCAGAUUUUUAAUUUAUUACGCGUCUGAACAGCGUGCCGCCCUGUUUCGUGAUAGGUUUGGACCCCGGAGCCGGGGCGAAAAGUUGUAUAUUUUACAUGCGACGAAUAACGUGGGGGGUAAUGUUAUCCAUGGCGGCACCGCGUAGGCAAAAAAGCGCGCUUUUUCAACUUUUGCUCAAAUUCUGAGGCAAGACGCGGCCUGUGCGUCUAUUUUGAAAAGUUUUUUUUUGCAGUUUUGCACUAUAUGCGAAAAACCAAAACCGAUGGCAUGGCGCCGCUUUUCUGGCCCUUAAAAUAAAAUGAAUCCCGAGCUAAUUCCCGAAAAAAAAAACUUUUGAAAAACUUUCCAAAAGCUUCCAUUUGGGGCACCAAAACAGUGCCGGCCCCAAGCAGAAUCCGCCGCGGGGAGCUUCGAGAAGGGAGGCCAGAAAAAAAGUUUUUUCGAAGUCUUUUCGGGCUCAUUUCGGGCUCACCGAAAUAGCACAGCAAAAAAGUCGCAUUUUUUGGCCUCCGCCGUACCACCGUGCCAAAGUCGGCACUGCUCCAGCGCCGAUGGUAUGCUGGUGGUGUUUUUUUGUUAUGUUUUGUCAAUGCCGGCACUUUUGCGAUGGAUGGGGUUCGCUUAGUCAAGCUUUUGGGUUUUUGGAUAUUGGAUCGGAUGGCGAAGGGAGGGAUAUGCGUGGGCUUGGGUCUUAGUUCCGGGAUGGGUUGGAGUUGGGGAUUGGUACUGGAUUGGGUAUCACUAUAUUUAUUUCCCGACUUGAGAGACUACUCUCGGAAGCCACUCAGGCAGCAAUGCAAGUUCGGGAUGAGUUGGAGCGCGUCACGCCCCGCGAGGUAGAAGAAGAGGACAGCGACGCGACGCAGAAGGGGGGUUGUCGGAUUUAGAGCCGGCCGCCUCGAGGAAGUGGAAGACGCAGCACAGCCCGGAGAUGGGAUUUCUUUCUACUCGGAAGCCACUACCUUCUUGGGCCCGCCUGGAGGAGUUGGAGUCUGUGGCGCAACGCGAGGCAGGUAGAAGAGGGGGACAGUGGCGCGAGGUAGAAGGGGGGGGGCUGUGGGAUUGACAGCCGGCCGGCUCGAGGACGCCCGCGGGGGAUGAGGUAGAGCCUGGCGAUGAGGCUAUUCUGAUUUUGGCUCGAGGGCAUGGCGGGGGCCAAAAAGUGGAAGGCUUACCUUCGCCGUCCUCUUUUGAUGCGCCUGAAAAGAGCCGGGCAAAACCUCUGCCGAGAUUCUGGCCUGGCGUCUCUUCUAGAAGCCCUCCGCGGCGGAUUCUGCUCGGGCCCGGAACUGUUUCGGUGCCCCUUUUCGAAGUUUUGCAAAAGUCCAUUUCAAGUUUUCUUUUUUGCUUGUUAGCCCUGGACAAAAAAACGGGUGGUCGGGAAAGUGGCGUGGAGGCUUCGGCUUCCAUUUUUCGGGAGCAGCGUAAAAGUGCAAAAAAGAACGUGCGCAAAUCGCCACGCAGAUCCUGCGAAAGCAAUACCCUCAGCAAUGCUUUGGGCGUUCGCGUCUUUGACCCUGCGCCGUGCCGUGUUGCACAAGGUUGCCCACGACGGUGGGCGCCGCAUGUAAAAAGUACAGCCGUCAGCUCCGGCCCCGGGGUCGAAACCUAUCACGAAGCAGCAUGCCACGCGGCCCAAACGCGUAAGAGGUUAGCAGUUUCGUAAGAGGAUUCCGCCCGCGAUUCACGUGUGACCGGCGCCAGCGCGCUCGCCUCCCUUGUGUCGGCCAUCAUAUACGACCACGAAACACGGCGGCACGGCGCCAAGAAAAGAGCGCCGGCCCUUGGUGGCUUCGCGUCGUCUAUUUUCUCUGCUUUUCAAAGUUUUCGAAAAGUUUUCUGCAAGUUCUGAAGUUUUAAUAUAGACCCCCCGUUAUGGUUGUAAUGGAGUCUGAGCCAUGAUGUGAGAGCAAUGCGGGCGGCGUUCAUGCUGGUGUUGCGCCACAACUCCCGUGGACACAACGCGCAAUGCAUCAACGGAAAAUAGAAACUCGUCUCGAAGAGAACUUACUAGCACUCAGCAGUCGCAAAGCGCUGGCGCUGUCGUUAGAUUUGUAUCACGUCCUGGCUGCGUCUAAGUCUAUCUACACCUACAGGAGAAAAAAAUGAACCGUGACGAUGAGAAACAGAAAGAGAAAGAAUCACGAGCAUGCUUGUACCAUAUUAAAGAUCGAAAUAAGAAUUUUCACGCUAAUUCUACUUUACUUGUACCAAACAUAACCCACAAUUGUUGUUGAGCAGUUAUCGAUACGACUAGUACGACUUUUACUCCAUCUACCCCACUGUAAAUUUUUACCCUAAUCGUGUUUCUUGUACCAUCACGACCGAGAGAGGUUUUCCCUUUCCCACCUUGAAGAGCACCAGGAGGUGUAUUGCUGGGUGCGAAGCCUCGUGCUUUGGAUCCGCAACGCAGCUCCGAGUUAUGGUGCUACCAGUACAUUACCCUCUUUUGUCCAGCAGAACAGAACUUUUCGCGUCAUUCAGUAGCGACUUAUCUUUUGCCUCAACACUGCAGAUCGAACUAGAAUCAUCUUGCAAAGCCAAUAAAUCUUGUUUUGAUACACCACGACGCCCUUUGAUCUAAUUUCCUGCCCUCGUUUUCAAUCCCGAUACCGAAGCCCUUCUGAUUUAGUCGAGUACUACCCGUUCUAGAACUACUAGUGUCAGCUGUCGAACGGAAUGCAUCUCGAGGAAUGACACCAAUUGUGGUUAAAAGUCUUCGCGUGGCCACCUUUAUUGAGUGGCUCUUGCUACCUAUGUCUUCAUCGUGGUGCUUUCGCUUGAUUUCUGAACGUCGUGAACUCUUUUGCGCGGCUUGUUGAUGUUGUACUGACGAUACCUACGCUUAUAUUCCUGCCCUUGCUUUUUGGAUUUGCGAGUUGUGCCAACUUUGAUCUGUAGCAUGAAAAGAUUCUCAAAGAAAA